AUGCACCUGCUCUGUGCUUUGCUUGUUGUGUUCUCUCUUAGUGAUGGUUCCAGUCUUCACUGUCCUAGAAGAUGUAGCUGUGAUUCUGCACAGUCGGUGCAGUGCUACAGACUAACAGAGGUGCCAUCAGGUAUUCCUCCUAGCACCAAGAGGCUCUUUAUUAGCCACAGCAAAAUUCAGCACCUCCAGCUAUCGAACUUCACUGGGAUGUUGGCUCUAGAAGACUUUAUUUUGCUGGCCAGUGGAACAGAGUCUGUAGAAAAUGGUACAUUCAAAAAUCUGAAUACACUGAAGACCUUAGAACUCUGGAAAAAUAGGUUAAUAAAGGUCCCCACUGCCCUCCCAGCCACCCUUGAAGUGUUAAAACUAAAUGAUAAUUCCAUAACCAUCCUACUUGGGUCAGAUUUUGAAGGGCUGAAAAAAUUAAGAAUCCUUGAACUUAAAAACAACCUGCUAUCCUGCCUCUCCCCUGGCAUGUUCUCCUCCCUCCUCAGCUUGCAGAGCUUGUCGGUGGAUGGUAACCAUGUGGAGUCUGUGGCUGGACCCCUGCCACUGCCCAACCUGCAACAUGUGAGCAUGGAGAACAAUAAGCUACACCUCAUCCCAAGCAACUUCUUUACUUCCCUGCAGUCUUUGCAGUAUGUCAGUUUCAGUGGUAACUUUCUCACUAGAAUUCCUGUUAACCUACCCAAAUCCUUGCGAUCUUUAAAGAUGGAAAGAAACCAGCUCAAAGUAGUAAGAUUUCGGGAUUUGAAACACUUGGAGAACCUUUCCCAUCUUUACCUCUCAGAAAACUUACUGUCUUCCAUGGAUGGGGCACAGAUCCUCUCCAAUUUAACUACUCUCGAGUUGUCCCAAAACCAGCUUCAAAUGUUGCCCCUCAAGCUACCAGCAAGGUUACAAAAACUUGACUGCAGCAAUAACCUGAUUCAGAGAGUCACAGCUCAAGACUUCCAGGACCUGCGAGACUUGAAACAUUUGUUUCUGGACAACAACAUUGUCAGCUUGUUCGAAGCUGGAGCCCUUCAGGGAUGUUCUCAGCUCUCCAACCUAGCCCUGGAGCAGAACCUGCUGUUGUCCAUACCUCUACGGCUCCCAGGGACCUUAGCCAGGCUGGAUCUAAAAGGCAACGCCAUCCGGGAUAUUGCUGAGCGGGGCCUCAAGGACCUCAAGCAGCUUCAGGUGCUAAACCUGAGGAACAAUAAGAUCUCUGCCUUAGACCUCAAAGCCUUGGAGGGGCUGCCUCGCCUCAGGCACCUGUACCUGGAUGGAAACCCCUGGAAUUGUACCUGCAGUCUCCUAAGAGCAAGGGAGAUGCUGAAGGCCAAGGGCACAGAUGUGAGGGGUGGGCAGUGUGCGGCCCCAGCUGAACGACAAGGGGAGAGCUGGAUGUCUUCUAAGAAAAUCAUGAGGCAGUGUGAGCAUCACUUACAGCAGGCUGAGAAAAGCCAAGAGAGCAAAAAGAAAUCGAAAGCUGAAGACCCCUCCAGCAUCAGAAUCAACAUAGAUGAUGAUGAUGAAGAUUAUGAAAUAGAUUAAGCAUGAGCUUUGUUUACUGUUUAGAGAGCAUUUUUCAUAGUCUUGUAAGCAGAAAUAUACUUUGUGUUUAUAUAUACUAGGCCAUCUUUUUAAAGUGUAUUUUUAGAUUGUGUUUUUGUUUUUGAGAAUGCAAUGAAGAUUUAGAGAAGUUAGGUAGGGAAGAUACAUAGAAAGGAAAAAUAGUAAGAUGUGUG